UCUCCAUUCAAACUCGGUUACUGCAACUCUGCAAGCAGUAGCAGUAGCAGCCCCAAUAGCGACCAUUUCGUUAAUGUCGCUUAUGGGGGGUUUGUAAGUAGUAGAUUAGUAUGUUAUUUAGGAAACCCAGACGCAUUUUGGGAUCUGGGUUUUGUCUGUUUAUUGCUAGUACUCUUUUCUUGGAUUGAUUAUUGAUUAUGGGUUCGUCUUCUCUGUUCCCUGUUCUGGGUUUUGUUUCUCUUUCUCUGUUAUUGUUGGGUUCUACUACUUGUUAUUCUUUUCCCAAAGAUCAAGAUCAAGAGAGAGACCGGAUCACUGAGUUACCGGGACAGCCAGCCAACAUUCAGUUCUCCCAGUACUCGGGAUACGUUACAGUUGAUAAAAAAGCCGGCAGGGCCUUGUUCUACUGGUUGGUCGAGGCUCCGGCGAAUCGUCUGCCUGAGUCGAGACCACUUGUUCUAUGGCUCAAUGGAGGGCCUGGAUGUUCGUCUGUGGCUUAUGGUUUCGCCGAAGAGAUCGGACCUUUCCGUAUUAAUUCGGACAGCAAUACCCUUAUCUCCAAUCUUUACUCUUGGAACAGUCAGGCGAAUUUGCUUUUCCUGGAAUCUCCUGCAGGAGUGGGUUUCUCUUAUUCGAAUACUACCUCGGAUCUUUAUACUGCCGGUGACCAGAGAACGGCUGAAGAUGCAUAUACUUUCCUAGUCAACUGGUUCGAAAAAUUUCCCCAAUACAAGCACAGAGAUUUCUACAUUGCUGGAGAAAGUUACGCAGGUCACUAUGUUCCUCAGUUGGCUCAAAUUGUUUACCGAAGAAACAAGAGAAUCAACAAUCCUGUUAUUAAUUUCAAGGGGUUCAUGGUUGGAAAUGCCGUUACUGAUGAUUAUCAUGACUAUGUGGGAACUUUUGAGUUUUGGUGGACUCAUGGCUUAAUUUCUGAUGCUACCUAUAGAACUCUGAGAGUUACAUGUGACUUUGUAUCUUCUAUGCACCCAUCUAAUGCAUGCAUCACAGCUCUUAAUGUUGCUGCGUCAGAACAAGGAAAUAUCGAUCCUUACAGCAUAUUCACACUUCCUUGCAAUGAUACUGCAACUCUCAGACGCAAUUUAAGGGGACAUUAUCCAUGGAUGUCCAGAGCAUAUGAUCCCUGCACUGAAAGGUAUUCUAAGCUGUACUUUAAUCGCCCCGAAGUGCAAAAGGCAAUCCAUGCUAAUUUAACUGGCAUCCUCUAUCCUUGGGAUACAUGCAGUGCUAUUGUUGGGAAUUACUGGGCGGAUUCUCCUUUAACUAUGCUUCCUAUUUAUCAAGAGCUUAUUGCAGCUGGUCUGAAGAUUUGGGUAUUUAGUGGAGACACUGAUGCUGUGGUGCCUGUCACUGCAACUCGCUACUCAAUUGAUGCUCUCAAGCUACCCACCAUCAUCAACUGGUAUCCCUGGUAUGACAAUGGAAAGGUUGGUGGGUGGAGCCAAGUGUACAAAGGUCUGACAUUUGUAACAGUAACUGGUGCUGGGCAUGAGGUUCCACUUCAUCGCCCCCGGGAAGCUUUAAUACUAUUUAAACAUUUCUUAGAUAGUGAGCCAAUGCCUAGCUGAAGCAAGUAGUCCGAUUCAUCGGAUUCCUCGGGAAUAAGCGAGAUUUGGAAGAAGCUCGCCAACAGGGAUUAAAAGGAAACAAUAAGAGAAAUUAUCUUCACAUACCAAUUCAUAGUUGGUGUCUAUGUUCUGGUCUUACAAGGAUUAUGAUUUUCA